CCUGCCCGGCCUGUACAUCGGCAACUUCAAAGAUGCCAGGGAUGCGGAACAGUUGAGCAAGAACAAGGUGACACAUAUUCUGUCUGUCCACGAUAGUGCCAGGCCUAUGUUGGAGGGAGUUAAAUACCUGUGCAUCCCAGCAGCGGAUUCACCAUCUCAAAACCUGACAAGACAUUUCAAAGAAAGUAUUAAAUUCAUUCAUGAGUGCCGGCUGCGCGGUGAGAGCUGCCUCGUACACUGCCUGGCCGGGGUCUCCAGGAGCGUGACGCUGGUGAUCGCGUACAUCAUGACCGUCACCGACUUUGGCUGGGAGGACGCCCUGCACACCGUGCGUGCUGGGAGAUCCUGUGCCAACCCCAACGUGGGCUUCCAGAGACAGCUCCAGGAGUUUGAGAAGCAUGAGGUCCAUCAGUAUCGGCAGUGGCUGAGGGAAGAGUACGGAGAGAGCCCUUUGCAGGAUGCAGAAGAAGCCAAAAACAUUCUGGCCGCUCCGGGAAUUCUGAAGUACUGGGCCUUUCUCAGAAGACUGUAAUGUACCUGAAGUGUCUGAAAUGUUGCAAACCCGCAGAGUUUAGGCUGGUGCUGCCAAAAAGAAAAGCAAAGUAGAAUUUGUAUUUUUAAGUAUCCAGUAGUGAUUUGUAAACUUGUUUUUCAUUUGAAGCUGAAUAUAUACGUAGUCAUGUUUAUGCUGAGAACUAAGCAUAUUCUUUAGCAAGAGAAAAUAUUUUUCCCUUGUCCCUACUGCUGUGGAGGUUUCUGUACCUGGCCUGGAUGCCUGUGAGGACCCCGGGAGCCUUGCUGCACUGCUGUGUGGAUGGCUGCGCGCUCGUGAUUCCUUCCCGUGAACGCCCCCCCAAGGACAGCCGAGUGUGCUUGUGUGGCGUGAACGCUGCCCGUGUGUUCUCAAAUGCCCCGGCUUGGGAGGUAGCCCUUGGUGUGGGUUUUAUCUCUGGUUUGUGUUCUCCAUGGUGGAAUUAACCGAAAGCUCGAUGUUUUUAUUAAUAAAGGGCAACUUAGCCACGUUUAA